AUGUCUUUACAUAUUAGAGAUGGGCUUAUCAUAUCCGAAGCCGAAUCGAAGACGCAAAUCUCAUGGCAUGAAGCAAAACCGUAUUGUGAAAUACCAGGACCAAAAUCCGCCUUGAAAAGUAUACGCAACUUUUUACCUGGAGGUAAAUAUUACAAGAUUUCUUUAAAAGACUUGCAUAUACUACUAAACGAAGAAUACGGAGAUUUGGUCAGAUUAAAAGGAUUUCUUGGAAGACCAGACUUCAUUCUAUCGUUUAAUCCGGAAGAUUUCGAACAAAUUUACCGAAAUGAAGGACCAUGGCCUAACAGAAGAGAAUUUGAAACAUUCAAACAUUUUAGGAAGAAUUUACGACCAGAUAUAUAUGGAGAUAAUGCUGGGUUACUCGUAGAACAUGGUGAAAAAUGGAAGGAACUGAGAGGAAAAGUGAACCCGGUCAUGAUGCAGCCACGAGUCAUAAAACCAUAUGUAAAGCUUGUAGAAGAAGUAGCUGAAGAAUUUAUUGAAAGGAUGCUGCACCUACGAGAUUCCAAUAACGAAUUGCCCAAUGAUUUUUCAAAAGAACUGAAUAAAUGGGCAUUGGAGUCUAUUGCAAGAAUAGCUUUGGAUUCUAGAUUGGGUUGUUUAGCAGAUGACUCCGAAAUGAAUUAUGAUUCUAAAAUAAUGAUACAAGCAGUUCAUGACUUCUUUCAUUUAACUUUCAAAUUGGAAGUUUUGCCCUCAUUGUGGAGAUACAUUAAAACACCUGCUUAUACAAAACUUAUGGCAGCAUUGGAUGUGAUGACUAACAUAUCAUUGAAGAAAAUCGAUGAAGCCAUAACUCGCAUUAACAGCAAUAAAAAUUCAGAGUCAGAAUCAGAAAUAAGUGUACUAGAAAAAUUACUGAAAAUCGAUAAAAAUGUUGCAAUCAUCAUGGCAAUGGACAUGUUGCUUGCAGGAAUUGAUACGACAUCAAAUACGACUGCAAUACUCUUAUAUUUCCUGGCAGCAAAUCAAAGAUGUCAAGACAAAUUACGAGAAGAGAUUUUUACUAUCCUACCAGACAAAAGCUCUAAAUUGAAAAAUGAAUCGUUCAAUCAUGUUCCAUAUUUAAGGGCAUGUAUGAAGGAAGCUAAUAGAAUACUGCCAAUUGCAGGAGGCACUAUAAGAAAACUUGCAGAAAAUGUUGUUUUAUCGGGAUAUCAAAUUCCGAAAGGGAACGAAGUGGUUAUGAGUCAUUUAACAACCUCUCUCAGAGAAAACCAAUUUCCAAAUCCAAAAAUAUAUUUACCGGAGCGUUGGCUGACUGGAGAAGCAGCCCAAGGUUGCCCUUCUGCAAAGAGUGCCCAUCCAUUCGUUCACAUGCCCUUCGGAUUUGGACCAAGAAGCUGUGUUGGGAAAAGAUUUGCAGAUUUGGAGGUUGAAACAUUAAUUGUCAAACUGCUAAGAAAUUAUAAGGUCGAAUGGAGUUAUGGAGAUUUAAAUGUAGAAACAAAGUUAUUGACGAUUCCUGUUUCGCCACUUAAAUUUAAAAUAACCGAACUGUAA